UUUCUGUCUGUCACGCGACGGUUCCGUCUCUUCUGAUUGGUCGGUGCAGUGGCUGGUCAUCAAUCCAAGAUGGCGCCUACCUUGGUGGAGCAUGUUGUCGCAGACGCAGGAGCGUUUUUAAAGAAAGCUUCUCUCCAGGAUAUCGGCAGGAACAUCUACACGCUGAGAGACGUGGUGGACGAGAUCAGAGACAAACCCACCAGGAGGAGUCUGGCCUUCCUGCCGUACCAGCUGAACUUCAGAGAACCACAUCCCGAACACGUCAGACUGGUGACAGAGUUCUCCAAGAAGACAGGAGACUACCCGAGUCUGUCGGCCACCGACAUCAAAGUCCUGGCUCUGACCUACCAGCUGGAGCUGGAGCACGUCGGCUCCCGACACCUGAAGAAAGAGCCCGAAGUCAAGGUUAACGUUCACAGCACACAGCGCCACCCAGAGACUCCGGUUAAUGUUGCAGGAUUUUACUUCCCCUCCAAGAAGCCUGUGAACAGUCUGAACGUCCAACAGACUCAAACAGAGACGGAGACAUCAAACCCCGCUGGCUGUGACGAGUUCAACAGCUUCCACUUCUGGAGAGAGCCGCUGCCGUCCAUCGACGGCGACCUGCUGGAUUUCCUGGAUCCGGUCGAGGUUUUAAAUUUGAAGAACAAACAGAAACAGACGGACACGCAGGCGUCUUCCGGCUGUGACGAGUUUAACAGCUUCCACUUCUGGAGAGAGCCGCUCCCGUCCAUCGACGGCGACCUGCUGGAUUUCCUGAAAGUGGACGGCGUCUCGACAUCAGAGAGCAGGUUGGACACGUCGCUGCGGCCGGAGGGCCAAUCAGACAACGAGCCUGAAGACGAAGACGAGGAGGACGACGGAGGUGGUUGGAUCACUCCCAGUAACAUCAAACAGGUGAAGACGGACUCGGCUGAUUGGACGGCUCCUGCUGAUGUCACGGUCGGUUGUCUGACCACCGACUUCGCCAUGCAGAACGUUCUGAUUCAGAUCGGACUUCACGUUCUCUCCGUUAACGGGAUGGUGAUCAAACAGGCGAGGAACUACAUCCUGAGAUGUCACGCCUGCUUUAAGACGACGAGCAACAUGAACAAAGUGUUCUGUCCUCACUGUGGAAACAAGACUCUGAAGAAGCUGGCUGUGACGGUCAGCGAGGACGGCAGCAUGCAGAUGCAUUUCUCCAAAAACCCCAAAGUGCUGAACCCGAGAGGGCUGAGGCACUCGCUGCCUCUGCCUCAGGGCGGGAAACACGGCAACAACCCCCAGCUGGUGGAGGACCAGCAUUUCCCCCAGCAGAGACUCUCCCGCAAAGCUCGGCAGAAGACCGACGUCUUCGACCCGGACUACGUCGCCGGGGCGUCGCCUUUCUGCGAGAACGACAUCUACAGCCGAGCUGCCAACCUCCAGAUCAGAGACGGCCAGUGUGGAGGCGGCAGGAGACGAGCCAACCCCAACGCCGCCCACAAGAAGUUUGUCAAAAAGAAGUGAAGAGCCGGCGGAGAUUUGGACACGUGAAAACACAGCUUCAUCUGACUUAGUUGACAUUAAGUUAAAAGGCCCGUGCAUGUUUUAGUCUUAACUACAAGUCCUCCGUACUGUAGGCCAGCCAGUAGAACCAGUGGUGUGGUCCUUCAGAUACACAACCAGCAUUUCCCUCAAGAUCGUCAACACAAGCGAGCUUUCCUGUUAGAUCCCCUCUGAAUGUGUCGGCACUGACUCGUCAGCACAAUGUAUCUAUAUUCAUCCCAAAUAAACGUUAAAACCGA